AUGCCAGCUCCACCCAAUGUCACACAGUCACUCGAACUGAAACAAUACUUCGAGAGUCAAGACCAUCUCGUGCGGGGAACCCCCGAGCCUAGUUCUCGUUCGCAAGCCCUGAUCUACCGCUUCAAAGACCAUAAAUGGUGGAUCAAGGUGACUCUCCUCGGCACUCUUUAUCAAUCGAGUGAGACUGAGGCAGCUCAAAAGAUCCCAAAACGCGAACGAUGCCGAGAGUACCAGGAGUUUGUCAAUCAGAUCAACUAUCGAACUCUCCCUCUCCUCGACGACACAGUGUCUGAACUGGUUUUGGAAAACUCGCCGGGAAUGACCAACCACAUCGACCUCAACGUUGAAGCUAGAGACAGUACCAAUUCACUUGUCAUAAUCGCGAAAAGCCUAUCAUACCGAAUCCAAGAGGACCCGCUGCGAGUGACUUACCCUUCGUGCUGUGAAUUUCCUUCCUUCCGGUGUAUUGAUUGGGCAGCAUUGGAGGAGGAAGAUGAGAUCGCGGACGGGGUUCAUCGUGUGUGCUCUAAGACCGCCCGGGUGCCCUACGUGCUGAAGGUAGUUAAUAGGCCCCUUUAUCGUCCUCACGACACGAACGUCAUACGGAAGGAGCUAGAGAACCUCGAACGUUUCAAGGGUGUCCCCGGUAUCGUACAGCCAGUCGCUAUUGCGGUAUCUUCCAAUCCAUAUAUGACCGCGAGAACGAGUGAUCAACCACCUGUGAUCAGUGGUAUCUUGUUGGAGUUCUACAGCGGCGGGUCCUUGCAGCGAAUCCUCAAAGAAGACCGUGUGAAGGAAUAUCCCUGGACGCGUUGGCCUAUCCAAAUUGGGACAGCCCUGAGCCACUUUCAUAGGGCUGGACAAACCCAUAUGGAUAUCAAACCUGCCAAUGUUGUCCUUGACGCCCAGGGAAAUGCGGUGCUGAUCGACAUCAGCGGCGCUAGCGGAAUAACAUAUUCGUGGCGAGCUCCGGAGAUCCGUCCUGAAAGAUCACCUUUUGACCUUCCUUUUCAAGCUCGCUUGUUGCACGAUGUUUGGGCCUACGGAAAGGUUCUAUCGGAGAUUGCCACUCGCGUAGGGAAGUGCACAUUGGCAGAAACCUUACUAUGCAUUGCAGGGCAUCUCAUGGAAGAGAAUCCUUGGAGCCGAAUGACCUUGUCAGAGGCUAUUUCACAGUUGAGUGGAUAUGGAAAUUUUAACUGA